AUGAUUUUAAUCGUUCAAAAGCCGCAAUCGCCCGGGCCAUCUCAACACGUAAAGCCUCGAGGCGACAGCGGAAUAAAUCUUCCUUCGGAUUCCGAAGCAUAUCUCACUCCAGCCGGCAGCCCUCAAAGAAAUGAAGAAACGAAAUAUCCGGUUGUACAAGGGAUGAUAAAAGGACUGGAAGCCUAUUGGGAAGAGCUUCGUAUAACAUAUUACAACGAACAUCCGGAGAUCUCGCCACAGGAUGACUUGGAUCUUACCCCAACCACUAUUAAAAAACACGUUGAAGCGCAAAUGAAAUUGUUUGGAAAGACCUACAAAAUGAUGGACAUUUAUUUUGAAGGCUUCAGUCAACUCACGGAGCUACAGAAAGUGAGAUUACAUAGUGAACAUGACAUAAAGGGACAUAAUGCGUAUGAGUAUUAACAGCUUCAGGGCACAUUAUAUAGUUUCCUUCAACUGUUCAUUGUUAUAGUUUUUCACUUUUUUUUUGGCUUGUAAGGGGAUGACACUUUCAGGCCGAUCUCAGUGUCUACAAUGACAUGGUGUUCCCUUUCUUCGAAUGGGGCUACAAUACGGUAAGGUUUUUCCCCGAACCUGACGAUCCACGAUUAUUUUUUCACCCAUGGCGAUGUUGUGGACAGCUCGGAUAUGAGAGCGUUUUUCCACGGAGAUACGGACAUUGAGCAAUCAUUACGGUCAGUGAUUUGUAUUUUGUUUUACCUUUUUAAAAAUAUUGCCUUUGUUUUCAGUGUGUUCCAACCAUUUAUGGAUAAUUUAAUCAGGUUCAUCAGAAAGUUUAGAACGAUGAAAGUGACUCUGUUUGAGGUGGCUGCUAUGGCUGGGAUCAUCUUGUGGAACGAAGGCAAGGAUUACGAUGGGGAAGAAAGAUCUCUCACUCUGCAGUUAAAACUUGCAUGAAAACCACAAAUUCUAUUGCAGUUUUAUGAUUAGCUGCGACGCUCCUUCGAGAUUGUAGUACAGGGUGCGACAAUUUUUCGGCCGGAUUUGAAUUGGCCAUAACUUUUUUAGUUUUUGGCCAAGUGUUAAAAUUCUUUUUUUCUCUGAACCCUCAGACGUCCCCAUGUUGUCUAAUACCAAAUAUGUUAUACCCAUUUAUUAGACUACAGUAAAAAUUGAAGACAAAGAAAAAGCUCUAAUUUUCAUAGCUGACAAAGAAAUUAGCCCUAGUGCGACUCUCAGAUUUUAUUUAAAUUUUGCACAUAAGUCGGGCAUAGGCCACAUAUCGAUUCCUCAAAAAAAGAAUUUUAACAUUUGGCCAAAAACUAAAAAAAAUGUAGCAAAUUCAAAUCCGGCCAAAAAAUUGCCACACCCUGUUUUCGGAUACCUUUAGAUUGAUCUUCCUUACAGCGAACGCACUUCAUGAACUGCCGAUUGCCGAGAGAAUACUGAAAAAGAUCAAUGACGAGUUCAGAGAAUACUGUACAACAACUUAUGGAGAUGAAAAACGGAUUGUCCAACUUCUACUGCUUCAGAGGGACGCCCAGGUAAAUCUUGUCAGGUCCGCUACUGUCGGAUCGGCUCCGCAGAGGCGCUUUUCCUUCCUGUUACUGUGCCCGACAAUAUUGCUUUUCAGAAGAUGGGAUUCUUGCUGAAAGAAAGCUACGUAACAACAUCUUUGACCACAGAGCAUUACGCCGAAUAUUGCGAGCUGACCAAAGAACUGUACGAUAUGAAGAUUUGA